GGCCGGGCCGGCGGCGGGGGGCUCCUUCCCGGGGCGCCGCGCGGCCGGCGGCAGCAUGAAGAAGAGCCAGACGGUGCAGGGCACCUUUAGCAAACUCUUCGGCAGGAAGCACGCCAACCCCGCGGGCACCUCCCUCUACGCCACCAACCCCCCCUGGAUCUUCACCCGGGAGGCCCCGGAGGAGGGGAGCCGCGAGCUGGGUGGGAUCUAUGCUGGAGACAAUCGGUUUGACUCCGUGAGUGAGUCAGGAACAGCCACACUGAAAGCUCGGCCCAGAGUCCGGCCCCUCCUGACCUUCCUUCCACUGAAUGCCCAGGAAAACCAUGGACUGGCUGUGCCCACCCCCUCUGUCCCAGGAGACUUUGCAGACAAAGAAUUGACAGGUACCAGCUCACUAGUCAACGGCAACCUCCGACUGUACAGCUCUGUGGGUGACCUAAGACCUGGGCAUUAUGGGCAGGACCCACUCAUCCCCCCACCGCCCCCAGGCCCAGCCCCGGGGCCACCCCCAGACACUUGGCAACCUCGAGAGGAGUCCCCACCACCUCCACCUCCACCUCCCAUGGCUCCCCCACCGCCUCCCCUGCUGCUGGAACCCCCACCCCCACCCAGCAUGGCCCCACCUCCGCCCCCAGUAUUAGGGGUCCCAGCCCCCCUCUCCACCCUUUCCUCCCCAUCCACACCUACCCCUCCGGACUUCAUUCCUCCUGCCCCACCCUUGGCCUCUGUAGCCCCACCCCCACCCCCUUUGCCAGCCCCAGCACCCCCAGCAUCUCCUCAUACAACAGGGACUCACCUCUUCCCCGCUGGGGGUGUCACCAAGUGGAAAUCGGAGGUAGCACUGAAUGGCAGGCUGACAGAGACCCCCCGAACCAGCCCCCCGCCGAGCCCAGCUGAGCCAAAGGGGAGCCUUCUGGGACCUAAGCCGGACUCCCACCUUACUUUCCCCCGCUCACUCAAAGUGCCUCCCCCAACCCCAGUCAGGACUUCAUCCAUCCCAGCUCAGGAAGCACAGGGAACUCCUCCAGAGGAAGAAGUGGCCACCAAGAAAGCCCCCAAUCGACUCCCACUGCCUCCCACCUUCCACAUCCGCCCCGCGUCCCAGGUCUACCCGAACAGGGCCCCUGAGCCAGACCACCCAGGGGAGCAGCAUGCUGCAGCCCCAGGCAGCCCCAGGCUGGGCCAGGCCCAGUCCUGGACGAAGGAACAUGCAGAGACUCCACCACCGGCCCCUCCCCUCCCACCUCCUGCACCCCCGCAACCUCCCCCAGCACCGCCACUGCCCCCAGCUGCCCCUCCUUUACCUUCUGCUCAGAAGGCAGCUCCUCUACCUUCUGGGUUCAUAAAAAGCCGCAAACCCAGCUCCCCUGCUCCCAAACCCAAACCUAACCCCCCCAGCCCAGAGGACACGGCCUCCUCAGCGCCUGUGGACUGGCGGGAUCCCAGCCAGAUGGAAAAGCUUCGGAGUGAGCUCGCGGCCUAUCUCUGUGGCUCCAGGAGGGAGGACCGACCCCUCAGUCACAAGGCAGGCCCAACAGCGGCCUUUCAGGAGAAGGAGGGCAAGAACGGCCCCAGCCUGCCAGAGAAGGAGGUUCCUCCAAGCCUGCCAGAGAAGGAGGUCCUCCCAAGCGCUCCUGAGAAGAGUCCCUGCAGCCUGCCAGAGAAGGGGGCUGCCACCAGCCUGACCCUCCCCCCCGUGGACUACAUCCCCCAAGACUCCCUGACUCCCAGUGUCCGGCAGAUCCGGAGUGAGCUGGAGGCCCGGCUCUCCUCAUCAGCAGAGAAGGAAGCCAAGCCCAGCAUCGGGUCUCUGCCUCCCAAACCUCGGCUGGAAGGGGGAAGAAUCUUUGAAAACAGGGGUGAUAAUGGGAAAUUCUCUAAGCCUGUGGCCAAGAAUUUGCCACCGCAAUCCACCACCCCUCUGCCAACCACACCACUUCAGUCCAAGGCCACACCUGGGCCAGCCUUACCACCCAAGCCCACGCCUGGACCAGCCGCACCACCCAAGCCCACGCCUGGACCAGCCGCACCACCCAAGGCCACGCCUGGGCCUGCCCUCCCAUCCGCAGCCACAGCGGUACCCACCACAUCAUCCCAGCUGAUAGAGAAGAACCUAGUCCCAGGUGGUCAGUGGGAGAAGCUGAAACCUCAAGAACUUACGGAGCCUCUCCAGAUAGAGGCAGGAGGGCACCCCACAGAGGCCAGUAAGCCUCCUAUGCUGGGAACCCACCCAUCUCCAGCCCUCCCACCAAAGAGAUCCCCUGGCGGAGAAGAGGUGACAUUUCUCUACAAGCUCCAUCGCAACCAGAGAAGCCCCAGAGAAGAGGCUGUUAUGGGGUUGGCACCGCCGGCCACAGGUUCAGCUGUAGGGUCGGGAGACCCUGCGGAGGUGAAGGAGCCCCAGCGGCAGCCAGCCAACACCCCCGCCUCAGCCCAGCCUGCAGAUGACGUCCUCAGACAUCCGGUGACCGGGGAGCUGGUGCAGCCAGGCUCCCCGAUGGCUCUGCUCCUCGCAGCCAGGCAGAGGGCGCAGAAGGGGCGGCCGGGAGGCCUUGCCCUGGGCCGGUCCGCCCUGCCAGGGAGCCUCCGUGACCACAGCAGCCAGCCCCAAGCAGGCUCGGACAGCAUCUUCCACACGGAGGGCCAGCCCAACUCUUUCACCGUGGUCCCCAAGCUACCCAAGGAGGCGGAGAAGGACCCCCAGCUGGCCGCCGGACUCAGUCAGUGGAAGCCGCAGCCCCGAGGAGCCCCCGAGGCCAGGGAGCCAAGCCUCAGGCACAACGCGACAAAGGCAGAGCCCCAGGCCCCCGCGGCCCGGGAGAGGCCGGCGUCCUCCAACCUGUCCCAGGGCCGCCUGCUGCCCAAAUCCUUCUCGUCCCCUCCUUCUCCUUCCUGCAAGAGGGACGACGACGACGACGACGACGAGGGCGGGGAGUUCCACUUUGAGGUCAUCCCGCCGCCGCCCGAGUUCAGCAACGACCCCGAGCCCCCGGCCCCGGCCCCGGCCCCGGCCCCCCCGCACCUGGGGCGCCGGGCGUCCCCUCCCCGGAACACCUUCGCGGCCGUGGAGCAGGCCUGGGCGCCUCGCGGCUUCUCGCGCCUCGCGGGGGGCCCGGAGCGCGGCCCGGGCGGGGGCGGGGGCGGGGGCGGGUCGCUCAUCAAGAAGCGCCUGUACGUGGGGGAGCCCCCCCGCAGCCCCGGACAGCCCCGCGGCGGCCCCGGCCGCAGCCUCAGCUCCCCCAGCUGCUUCGGGCCGCCCGGGGGCCCCGACCUGCGGCGCGUCCGCGCGCCCCCCGGAGGCCUGCACGCGCGGAGGCUGUCGGCGGAGGGCGCGGCCCGCGGCGAGGCCAAGUUCAAGGCGACCGGCGGCGGCGGAGGCGGAGGCGACUACCGGCUCGGGCCCGCGGCCGGCAGGUCUCCCCACGGCACCCCCCACUACGGAAGCCCCAUUAACACGUUCACCGUGAGGCCUGGGACCCGCCAUCCCAUCUCCUACGUGUACUCUGGGAACCACCGGAAACCCCCAUCCUGAGCCCAGGGUGGUGUUCUCAGCUCUACUCCGAGGGGGUCAGAUCUGGGCACUCGUUUUUUUUUUUUUUUUUUGUGGGGGUGGGAGGGAGGAGGCAGGUGUUAGGCACCCUGACUUAAACAUGGAGGAGUCUUUGUUACCCAAAUACAGGCAGAUGAUGAGUGAGAAACAGUGGAAAGGUCAAGAGUGGGCUUCUGUUUCCCAAAGCGCUGGUGUGGCUGUGGACUGUCUGCACGUUGGGAUGGGCCUGGGAAGGUGGGAGGAACUUUUAAGGGCCUGGAGCCUGAGUUUUCCCUACCUGGGACUGUUAACUUUAGCAAGACUUACUUAGAGCAGUUUUCUAAGCGUGGCCCACGGGCAAGUUCUAGAAGCAAGGGGCAGGGCUCUAACUGAAUGGGAAUCCAUCUCCAUGACUGUGAUUGUUGGUCUGGUGCCCCCAGAGGGCUGAGGCCCAGCUCCAUCUGGGUAGAGGUGCAGGGCACUAUAGAUUGAUCUCUUUAGCCAGCCCGCCAUUUGCCACCCCAAGAGGUGAUUCCUGGAGUCCCUAGCAUAGAAGCCAUAUUGAGAUGGGAUUAGGAAUGUUCACAUACAACAUGUGGAGAAGGUACUGGGACAGCGUUCUUUGCAUUGGCCAAGGGUGAGGUUGGGGGGCUGGGGGACUCAUUGGCUCUGGCCCUGAUUCUUAGCUACCUUAGCUGCCAGGAAGCCUAGGGAAAGAAGACUUGGCCAGUGUGGGAUUGGAAGACAGAGGAUAAAGCCUUGUUUUCCUUCUCAGAUCCAAGCAGCCAUGAUUUUGGGGAUUGGGUGCAACGAGCCAGAGGGUGUGGGGGCUUGAUACCAAAGGUCUAACAUAGCCAGAACCCAUUUGGGAUUUGGUGGUGGCAUCAAACCCAACCACCCUUCCCAAUCCCAACACUACAGGUCCCCAGUAUUAUUGAGGCUUUAAAAUGCAUAGUAGGGAUGUUUGAAGGCAGAGAGAGCUGGUGGAGAUGGGCACUGAGAUCCAAGGGGUGUUUGCUGCAAUGGGGAGUGCGUUUUGGGAAGUCUAGAGUGGGAGGACUGGGCUUGUUCAGAUCAGGGGAGACCAAUCAGUAGGAUGACCAUUUGUCCUUUGCCCAGGCAGUGUGGGUUCAUGCCUGUUUUCCAGUGACUUAGACCCCCAUCCACUUUCAAAAGAAGCCCUAGUUUGGAUGAUAUAUGUUCCCCACACAUACCAGGAGACAAUAGUCCUCUAUCUGUCUUCCCUGUCUUCGGGCUUUGAUGGGCCUAAUUCCUGGGACCAGGCUGAGGCAGGCUGCCUCGGUAAGGAGGAAGGGCAGGGAGGGGCCCACCUGAGGAGCAGGGUGGUAGGAGCAGCCAGGAAGCAGUGCCUUUUGGGGGCAAGAUGUUGAACCUUUAUGACUCGAGGUAACCAGCCACACACCGUACCAGGUUGUGGGGACAGCAGGUGAGCCAUUUCAGGGAAGGAGAGUGCUAAGUACCCUGAUGGGGCAGGAUCUGGUUACCUGUGUUCAAGAAGCGAACUCCACCCCAACACUAGCACUGGCCCUAUGUAUAUGUAUGUAUUUUCCCUGUACAAUGUUUUAUAAAAGAGUUCGCUAAUUUAUCUGCUAUAUAAGGUUCAAGAGGAGUGGGGUGUGGACUCCCAGCUGUAUAUAGCUCUGGAGGGAGGGGAAGGACUGGCUGUCACUUGGCUUGGAAAAUAAACAGGCCAGUUUGGACUGGCCUCAGCUCUGUGGCUGUGGA